AGGUGAUCCCUGUGUAUUUGAGCCAGAAUUAUGGGAUUGUUUGACAAGCUAGCGGGAUGGCUUGGGCUGAAGAAAAAGGAGGUUCAUGUUUUGUGCCUUGGCUUGGACAACAGCGGCAAAACAACGAUCAUAAAUAAACUUAAACCUUCAAAUGCUCAAACUCAGGACAUCGUUCCAACAAUAGGAUUCAGUAUAGAGAAAUUCAAGACAUCGAGUUUGUCUUUCACAGUGUUUGAUAUGUCAGGUCAAGGGAGAUACAGAAACCUCUGGGAACAUUACUACAAAGAAGGCCAAGCCAUUAUUUUUGUCAUUGAUAGCAGUGACAAAUUAAGAAUGGUUGUGGCCAAAGAAGAACUUGACACCCUUCUGAAUCAUCCAGAUAUUAAGCACCGUCGACUGCCUAUUCUCUUCUUUGCUAACAAGAUGGACCUCAGGGAUGCAAUAUCAUCUGUGAAAGUAUCUCAGUUACUGUCACUAGAAAACAUCAAAGACAAGCCCUGGCAUAUCUGUGCCAGUGAUGCUCUUAAAGGAGAAGGAUUACAAGAAGGUGUGGAUUGGCUUCAAGAUCAGAUCCAAGCAACGAAGACAUGAGAGAUAAAUAAAAGAUAUAUGGCGUUCUUUUACAAUCUUUGUCAGUAGGUCUACAAAUUCCUUGGAAAGGAAGAAUGAUUUAAAGAAAAUGAACAGUUCAGCUAAAAUAUACUGUGUUGAUUUGUUUCCAUUUAGUAGCUCUUCCAGGAAAACUGAAUGUAGACAACAUAGCACCUCAGGUAUGCACGUUGAUGAAUUAAAUUGAAUCUUGUAGUCACAAGAUAUGCUGGAGAGCGUAUUUUAAAAAAAGAUUUGUGUUUAACAAUAAACAUCUGCAUUCAUCUGAGUUUUAAGUGAUAAUUAGCCAUUGGGAAGUGCCCCUCUGUUUUUUGGGGGGACACCUUUUGACCAAGUGGGAAUAUUUAUUUUCCUGAGAAAGAAUAAUCAGCACUUCCUGAAAUACAGCUGCAUGAGAUACCUACUGAUUUUAGGUGCCCAUUUUUAGGGAUUACUGCAAUUUUUUUUAAUUGUAAAGUUUGAUGUUGGGUUUUCAGUAACCAUCUACAACAGGCUUCUAGAGGAAUAUUUUGAUUUAAGAUACAAGGAUUCAAAUAUUCAGUGUAUUUGUUACAAAUGAUUGCAGAUGUUUUCAAGGAACUGCUUUUAAUGAAAUGUUAUAAAUUGUUUUUGUGAUAUGCCAUGGUUAUAUUUGCAUUUCCAUCAAUAAAACUUCAACUAUACAACAUGUCAUGGUUUGGUUUUUUAACUUAAAUAUGUUCGUUGGUGGUCUUUACAUC